AUGUAUUCCGACAGCGCCAGAUAUAACAAUAGCUAUGAUAGAAGAAGAUCCAGAUCAAGGAAUGGAAGACUUCCUCGUUACGAUUCCUCCUCCAGCGACGAUGAAUGCAACAGAAGACGAUCAAGAAGUCCCUACUGUGACCGCUGUGACUUUGAUUAUGAGGGAAAAAAAUCUAGAUUUCGAGCCAGGGAAAGGAGUGUUCAUUGUUAUCAAUCUCGGCCCAGUGAACGUCAAAGAGAAGACGACCGGGCUGAUUAUUACCAUUCAUCUGGAGAUAGAAAUCGACACGAUUCUCGAGGAAGAUAUGCGAAAAGUUCUCGUGACGAAAAGUACUCUAAUUACUAUCAAAGAACUUCUUACAAACAAGGCACAAAGAGAAAACGCUCUCAAGAAAGUUAUAUGGCCAAAGGUCGAAACGAACAUUCCUAUAAUGCCAGUCAAAAAUAUUCUAAAGAAAUAAAUGCGACAAGUUGUCGAAACGCUCAAUCAUUUAAUUACAACGAAAGAACUUCCUAUAAACAGCAAGUUCCAAACGAAACGACAAUACGUGAAAAACGUGAAAGCAAAAAAAGAAAACGUGAUGAGAAUGACAGUCCAUACGAUACUCAUCACACAAAAGUUACAAACUUCCUCAACAGAUCCCCCAGUAAAUCCAAAUCGGAAGAGUCCUCGGAUGACGCUGUAAGUCAAAAUAACCGCAUGAGCGAGGACAUAAAAUCACUCAGCGAUAUUGAAAAAGAACAUGCUGAAUAUUUGAAAAUAGAAAUUGAGGAAUUCAAAAAAAGGCAACCACACAUUACGAAGUACGCGAUGAUUUUCUCACCGCAAACUUCAAAAAUGAAGCCUAGGUCGGCGUUGGUUUGCGUCUGCUUCAUCUGGCUGAUACCUCUACUGAUUUUCGUACCCUGGGUUGAUGUGUACAUUGAGAAAAUCCACACGAUAAAUAUUAGUCGAUUUGGUGGUGUAUCAAUACUUUGUACAACUUUGGCAGCCCAAUUCAUCAGCCUUUGA